AUGGCGUACAACCCAACCUCGGAUCAAAUCGAGUGGCACAUGCAUCAAUUGAGGCAAUGGAUGGUUCCUACCUCCAUGCCUACCUCGGCGCCUGUGCCUUCCAAACCCAACCUGAUGCUGAACUGCCAGACCUUCCCUCAGGACUUCUACUUACAAAACCCCAACGACAUGUAUAGCUACGGAGUAUUCCAGCAACCUCCUAGCCAUACUCCGCCAGUCACUCACACACCACCACUGCCCAUCCAACGUGCACAUACCUUCGCCAACUUCUCCGAAUAUGACUUUACGGGCGUGGACUACUUCAGUCCUCCUGCCAACGCCAUGACCCCACAAAGUUGGGCAGGAGAGGAAAGAGGCAACUUCGAUGACGGCCUAUCGAUGUACUCGGAAACACCUUCAGGCUAUCUAUCCUCCGAGCUGCAGGAGCGACCUCGGCUGGAAUCAGUCAUGAGCUCUUCAACUCGUACCACUCCUCCUACCUUUUCCCCCUCGUCAUCAGUACCAGAAGCAAGCUCCGAGGUCGACUCUCUCAUGCAGACUCUACAAAUCCCCCAGCCCCUGCUUCAGCUACCGAAACCAAGCAGCAAGCUGAAGAAGCAUCUGUGUCCGCACGCAGACUGCGGCAAGUCAUUCUCACAGCCUACACAUCUCAAGAUCCACCUGCGGUCUCACACCGGCGAAAAGCCAUACGUCUGCUCUGUUCCGACGUGCAGACAAUCGUUCUCUCAGCUAGGAAACCUUCGCACCCACGAACGACGACACGUUGGUCAACGACCCAACCGCAAGCGAUCUUCGUCCGAUCCUGGUGUCCGAGGACGAAAGUACGAAUGCAUACUGGAUGGCUGCACGGCCACUGAAGACGGACACAGUGGCAAGGUCUUCACGCAACUGGGGAAUCUCAAAGCACAUAUGAACAAGUUCCACAAGGACACCUUGGCUCGACUUGCCCAACAAUUCGCUACCAACGACAUGAACCCCGAAGAUGCAGAAUUGCGGGCUUACUUUAAGGAUCUCUACAAGCACAGCAACAAAGGCAUCAAAGGUCGAGGGAAAGGACGAAAGGUCGAAGUCAUCGUCACGCCGGACCAGCCUUGA